AUGGACCUUCUGGUGGCUCUCCUUUGCCUUCUGGCCUUGUACCCAGGCUUGGCUGCAGCCGCUCCCUCCUGCCCUCGGAAUGUGAACAUUACCAGAGGCACUUUCACCCUCAGCAAUGGCUGGGCACCUGGGAGCCUCCUCAUCUACUCCUGCCCCUUGGGUUAUUACCCGUUCCCAGCAUCUCGCCUGUGCAAGAGCAACGGACAAUGGCAGACCCCUCGAGCCUCCCAUCUGACAAAGGCAGUCUGCAAACCUGUUCGUUGUCCUGCUCCUGUUUCCUUUGGGAAUGGCAUGUACACCCCACGCCUGGCAUCCCAUCCGGUGGGGGGCAACAUCAGCUUUGAGUGUGAAGAUGGCUUCACACUUAGGGGUUCGGCUGUGCGGCAGUGUCGCCCCAAUGGCAUGUGGGAUGGAGAGACAGCUGUGUGUGACAGAGGUGAUGGUCACUGCCCGGACCCGGGUAUUUCUGUGGGCGCUGUGAGAACAGGAUCCCGCUUUGACCUUGGAGACAAAGUCAGUUACCGCUGCUCCUCCAACCUGGUGCUGACAGGGUCAGCGGAGCGGGAGUGCCAGGACAACGGGGCCUGGAGCGGCGCAGAGCCCACCUGCCGCCAACUCUACUCUUAUGACUUCCCUGAAGAUGUAGCCCCUGCCCUGGGUUCCUCCUUGUCCCACGUGCUUGGAUCCACCAAUCCAGCCCAGAAGAAGAACAGAGAUCUAGGUCGUAAAAUCCAAAUCCAGCGCUCUGGUCACCUGAACCUCUACCUGCUCCUGGAUGCCUCUCAGAGUGUGUCAGAAGAGGACUUCUGCAUCUUCAAGGAUAGUGCUAGCAUCAUGGUGAACAGGCUCUUUAGCUUUGAGAUCAAGGUCAGUGUUGCCAUCAUCACCUUUGCCUCACAGCCUAAAGUCAUCAUGAACAUUUUGGACAAAAACUCUGAAGAUAUAACCGAAGUCCUCGGUAGUCUGGAACAAGUCAAUUACAAAGACCAUGAAAAUGGAACUGGAACCAACAUCUACCAGGCCCUGCGCAGUGUCUAUAUCAUGAUGAAUAACCAGAUGCAGCGCCUUGGGCUUAGCUCAAUGGCCUGGCAGGAGAUCCGGCAUGCCAUCAUUCUUCUGACAGAUGGAAAGUCCAACAUGGGAGGCUCCCCUAAACCAGCUGUUGAUGAUAUCAAAGAAGUUCUGAACAUCAGACAGAAGAGGAAUGACUAUCUAGAUAUCUAUGCUAUUGGGGUGGGCAAGCUAGAUGUGGACUGGAAAGAACUGAACGAGCUGGGGUCCAAGAAGGAUGGGGAGCGGCAUGCCUUCAUCCUGCAGGACGCAGAGGCUCUGCGCCAGGUCUUUGAGCACAUGCUGGAUGUUUCCCAGCUCACAGACACCAUCUGCGGGGUAGGGAACAUGUCAGCCAAUGCCUCAGACCAGGAGAGGACACCUUGGCAUGUCACUAUUAAGCCAAAGGGCCUGGAGACCUGCCGAGGGGCUCUCAUCUCAGACCAGUGGGUCCUGACGGCUGCUCACUGCUUCCGCAAUGCUGAGGAGCUCUCCCUGUGGAGGGUCUUUGUGGGGGACCCCAAUUCCUUAUGGGGCAAAGAGUUCAGUAUUGAGAAGGCAGUGAUCUCCCCAGGGUUUGAUGUCUAUUCCAAGAAGGACCAAGGGAUCCAAGAGUUCUAUGGAGAUGACAUUGCCCUGCUGAAGUUGGCCCAGAGAGUGAAGAUGUCCACUCAUGCCAGGCCCAUCUGCCUUCCCUGCACAGAGGAGGCCAAUCUGGCUCUGCGAAGACCCAAAGGCAGCACCUGCCGGGACCAUGAGAACGAACUCCUGAACACACAGAGCGUUCCUGCACAUUUUGUCGCCUUGAAUGGGAAGAAAUUGAAUAUUAACCUCAAGAUGGGGACAGAGUGGACACGCUGUAUCCAGGUUGUCUCUCAAGACAAAGCCAUGUUCCCCAACCUGACGGAUAUCAAAGAGGUGGUGACAGACCAGUUCCUAUGCAGCGGGAUGAAGGAGGAUGACAACCCCUGCAAAGGAGAAUCUGGGGGAGCAGUGUUCCUUGAGCGAAGAUUCAGGUUUUUUCAGGUGGGCCUGGUGAGCUGGGGUCUCUACAACCCCUGUUAUAACUCUGACAAAAACACUCGCAAAAAGGCCCCCCUUAAUUGGGUGCCACCUCCAAGAGACUUUCACAUCAAUCUCUUCCGCCUGCAGCCAUGGCUGAGGGAGCACCUGCAGGGGGUCCUGCAAUUCUUACCCCUCUAA